AUGGCAAUUGAAAGUGGGCAGUUUGACGAUGCUCCUGAGGAUUUGAAGGAAACCAACAGACAACCAUCCGAUCCUCCAAAACAUAUACAAGACUCGACCACUACCCCUCUCGCCACGAAUGCUCUAAUUUACCACCUCGAACAUGAGGCCUCUGAAGACGAGUCUGAUGCCUCAUUGGAUGAUGAUGAGAAUUGCGAGGACGAAUUUUUCGAACAGGACUUGGAUGUUGUCAACGGGCAAGAUUGGGAAACACUCGCUGGAGAUCUCACAAAGAGGUAUAACCGUCUUCGACAAACUGUCACAGUCACGACUCAAAACCGUCAUUCUCAGCGAACGGCAACGGCACCGACAGUAUUACCGGCAACCAAUCAAAAGAGAUUUGCAACUGCACUUGAUCCCUCUACCGUCACACCAAACACCACUGUAAUCCGGAAAGACAAAGUGAAUGAUCAGCUAUUAUCGUUAUCCUCGAAAUUUGCCGACAAGCUGAGUCUUGGGGACGUGAAUACCACCCAAACUCGUAAAGGUGGCUUUGAGAGACUCAAUCAUGUCGACCGAGCCGACCGAGCUACCAACGAGCAGGUCCUCGAUCCACGUACCCGUCUCGUACUAUUCAAGAUGCUUGGACGUGGCUUGGUGGACCGAAUUGAAGGCUGUAUCUCCACUGGGAAAGAAGCAAAUGUAUACCAUGCAAUCGCCCUCGUUGAUCCGUUUACCGCUACGCCAUUAGAGAGUGGGAUCAGUCUUGCGAUGAAGAUUUACAAGACCAGUAUUUUAGUCUUCAAAGAUCGAGAUCGAUACGUAACCGGAGAAUUCAGAUUCAGGUCAGGAUAUGCUAAACGAAAUCCGCGAAAGAUGGUCAAACUAUGGGCCGAGAAAGAGAUGCGGAACCUGAAACGUCUGUAUGAAAAAAAGAUCCGCUGUCCUCGAGUGGUAGAAGUCCGAUCGAACGUGCUAGUCAUGGAAUUUUUAGCUUUGGAAGAUGAUGGUGGAUGGAAGCCAAGCCCACGUCUCAAGGAUGCCGCCCUGCCUGGCUUGGGGGAAGGAUUAGAACAGCUUUAUUGGGAAUUGUUGGCCGUGGUCCGGAUUAUGUACCAUCAAUGCAAACUGGUACAUGCUGAUUUAAGUGAAUAUAAUAUUCUAUAUCACGAUAAUCAUCUUUUCAUAAUCGAUGUCUCCCAAUCAGUCGAACAUGAUCACCCCUCUGCUUACGAUUUUCUGCGAUCUGACCUUACCAACGUGGACCUGUUUUUCGCCCGGCUGGGUGUGCCCACUUUAGGCCUCAAGCGUACCUUCGAUUUUGUCACCGACAAGUCCAUCUCACUCCAAACCGAAGGCGAGUUAAUCGAGCUUGUUCAGCAGCUGAUAUCUGCACCUGAGCCGCAAAGCGUCCCUCCAAUGAGAACUAGCGUUGAAAUGGUGAACGGUAUCCAUGAAGCCACCGAGGCCACUUCAGAUCAUGGGCAAUCCGCACAAAAUAGUAACGACGAGGCCGUCUUCCGACAUGCCUACAUUCCUCGAACGCUUAACGAAGUCUACGACGCUGAACGAGAUGUCGAAAAAUUGAGGAAGGGGGAGGGCAAGCAACUGAUUUAUGCAAGCCUCGCCGGGCUUGCCCCAUCGUCCCAACAGAAUAUCCAACCAAAGCAAACUAAUCUAGCCAAGGAUAAUCAUCCCGAAGACGAGGCUGUUGACGAUCGAUCUUCGGAUUCUAACUCCGGGGCCGAUCAGUCGGAUGGGCAGUCCGAUGAGGAAGACGACCCUUCUCUAUUUGACUCUAAACCUCGCGGACAUCGAUUUGAAUCCAAAGAGGCAAAAAAGGAACGUAAACUGUUGGUCAAAGAGCAGCAACGCGAUAAACGAAAGCAGAAAAUACCCAAAAGUACUAAAAAACGUUUGGUCGCCAAGUCUUCUGGUAAAAAGUAG